UAACCACUCGUACUUCACUGCACAUGCAUACAAAACACGGAAAGCUUGGCGUAUAGCAACUUCAAUAAAGUUAGAACUACCGCAGAGCUCGACUCGAACAACGUGCUGCGCAACAAAAUAAUAAAUAAAAUAUCUUGAAGCGAAGUAACCAAACAAAGACGAUGACUUCAACAACGCAACUACCUACAAAACUCUGUCAUAUAGUAAAACGUCCAGAUUUCGAAGGGUACGGAUUUAAUUUGCAUUCAGAAAAAGUUAAGCCUGGGCAGUUUAUAGGAAAAGUAGAUGUGAAUUCUCCAGCGGAGGCUUCGGGAUUAAAAGAGGGAGAUCGCAUUAUUGAAGUAAAUGGCGUUAACAUUAGCGGGGAAUCGCAUAAACAAGUGGUGCAGCGGAUUAAAGCGCUGUCAAAUGAAGUCCGGUUGUUAAUAGUCGAAGCAAAUGCAAGUAAAAGUGAGACAAGCGCGAGUGAAUACCCUGCCAGUGUUGCAUCAUCAGAGAGCAAAAAGAACAACAACGUAAAUAGAGAAUUCGAGGGCAUAUUUCAAGAAAUACCUGGAAGCAGCAACAACAUUAGCAGUAUCAGCAUAAGUACAAAGCGCUCAUCCAAUGGUGGCAAAAAUUCAGUCAAUGCUAAUGUAAAUACAAAUGGUGCAAUUACAAAUAAUGCCACGGAAAUGUUACCAAGAAAACCAGACGUUUGCAAUUCUACUUCAAGCUCCUGCCAUGUAAUUACUACGAAUGCGACUAUGCCAGCGGAUGCUAUGGGAGCGGAAAGAGGCCAAAACGGAGCUGUGAAACCUUCCAGCUAUGGAUUAGAACUACCUAUGACAGCAGCUGAGAUGCGGGCAAAACUUUUAUCCAGAAAAAAAUACAAUCCAAAAAAUGAAGUUGUGGACCUAAAGAAAAAGUUUGAAAUAAUUCAGAAACUGUGAAAUAUACACGAGCAAACACAAAAUAUACAUAAUAAUUUGCUUUUUUAAGGAAAGAAAAGAAUGUUUAAACGAUUAUGUAUAUUAUAACACACUGAGGCGUACGUAUAUAAUUGUGCAUCUAUAAAUAUUGAAGUGUUUGUCUGUGAUCUUGAAAUAAAGGUUUUCUUAGCACAUGUGGUUAUCUG